GUACAAAGCCGCACACAGAAAACACAGAACACACCCGCUAGUCAGCAACUAGGUCUUUUCCGUGCAGCUCAGUCGACACUAGUGUCUUUACGCAAUUUCUAGUGACGUCGGUUAUCAGUCAACGCUAUCAAAGAGGCCCUUAAACCUGGGAUCCUGUGGCCAUCACUCAUUGCUCUCUUCGCGUGACCUAUCACCACCGCCUCACUCAAGACCGCCCACACCAUGACACUGCCGCACACGCCGCCGCCCGGCUCCGCGGCCCCCCACGCCGCCACCUCCGCGCCCACCCCUGUGGCCGCCCCCACCACCUCCUACUGGCUCAAGAACUUCACACCCGCCGCAGCCCCCCGGCACGCCCCGCCCCGCCCGCCCGCCCCCGCUCGGCAGCCGGCCGCCGCCCCCGCGCAGCUGCCCGCCGCAGCCGACGUGGUGAUCAUUGGCGGCGGCAUUGCGGGCGUCAGCACCGCCUACCACCUGCGUAAGAGCCGGCCCGAGCUGCAGGUUGUGUUGCUGGAGGCGAGGCAGCUGAGUCACGGCGCCACGGGGCGCAACGGCGGACUGCUGUGGCCGGCCCUCAACGCGCCGUGGCUCAAGACCGCCGCCCGCUACGGCCCCGCCGAGGUGCAGCGCAUGAUGGCGUUCGAGCUGCAGUGCCUGCGCGAGGUCACCGACUUCAUCAGGCACAACAAGCUGGAGGAGGAGGUGCGUUACUCGCCCUUCGCGGACGGCGCCUACUACGUGUACGACACGCCCGGCGAGAUGGAGGCGGAGCUAGCGGAGCUGGGGCUCAUGCAGCAGUUCGGCAUCCACACCGACGUGCAGCCCCUCAGCCGCGCCCAGACCCGCGCCCUACUGCGCACUGACGCCUACGCCGGCGCGGUGCGGCAGCCGGGUGUGGCGCGUGUGUGGGCGGCGCGGCUGGUGGCGGCGCUUGCGCGGAUGGCGGCGGAGGCGGGGCCAGCGGCGGGUCUCACCAUCGCUGAGGGCGUGCGUGUGUCGGGUGUGGCGCCGCUGGCUGAGGGCGAGGCGCUGCCGGCCCUGGACGAGGUGUGCGCCUGGAUGGACCAGGAGGAGGGGGAGGGGGCGGCAGGGGCGGGCAGCAGCAGCAGCUCCAACAACAUCGUGCCCAUGGGGCGGGCAGGCGGCGGCGGCGGCGGUAAGCCCUCGCCUGCGGCUCUGUCGGCCUCGCUGUGCUCUGAGGCCCUGGACCCCAGUGCCACGCCCCUGCUCAAGGUGAGCACCGCCUGCGGCUCCAGCGUGUUGGCGCGGCGUGUGCUGCACUGCACCAACGCCUACGGCUCCGCGCUGCUGCCGGAGCUGAGGGGGGCGCUGGUGCCGGUGCGCAACCACGUGGCGGCCACCCAGCCGCCCUCCGCGGGCGGUCCCGACCUGCCGCUGGACGCCGCCUUCUACGCCCGGGGCGGGUUCGUGUACUGGUCCAAGCGCGAGGACGGGCGUGUGGUGCUGGGCGGCUUCCGCGACGUGGCGCCCGGGCUGGAGUGGGGCGUGUGGGACGACGGCGCGCUGGACCCCCAGGUGUCGGCAGCGCUGCACGCCUACCUGCCGCAGCACUUCCCGGACGCCUUCAAGGGCGCGGCGGCGGCGGCGGGUGGUGGCGGCGGCGGUGGGUCGCGGCUGGCCACGGAGGCGGAGUGGAGCGGCAUCCUGGGCUUCACACAGGACCGCUUCCCAUUCGUGGGGCCGGUGCCGGGCCGCCGCGGCCAGUUCCUGGCUGCCGGCUUCAGCGGCCACGGCAUGACCCGCACCUUCACGUGCGGCCGCAUCCUGGCGGACAUGGUGGCCGGCACCAGCCCGCCCGACCCCGCCUUCCCAGCUACCUGGCUGCCCUCCACCGCCCGACUGGGGGCGGCCACACCCGAGGUGCCCGGACCCGAGAUGGCGGCGGGGGCCAUAUACGCGGUCUAGGACCUGGCGGGGCACAGAUGGAGCCGUGGAGGUCAGCAGGUGGAGAGCCGUGGAGGUGGCUGUCAGACGUGGAGGCUGACGGAGGUGGCUGCCGGCAGCAAGGGGCGUGGGCUCGUGGCCAUAACCUUGUAGUGGACUUGGGUCUACUGUAUGGGAGGGUCGGAAACUCAGGGUGCGACUUAACAACCCUUGUAUCGUAUGAAGUUUCCUUCUUUGUAGCAGCCGUCGUUGUAGGGGGGUAGCACCUUCCGUGCGUGACUGGCGGUGACCGCACGGCGGCGGUGGGACUCCUGCCUUGUAUGGUUGCACGCUGGAUGUACGGUAUGUACCAAAACGAGCGAUUGAUGUCACUUUGACGCGGCGCGCUAUGGGCGCUAGCCGGUGUGUACACGUUCACAGCUUUGGACCAAGUGGGAGGGCUGCCCGCAGGGCGUACGUGACAACUUGUGUGUGUGGGGGGUGGGGGGUGGCGUGCAGUGCGUGUUGCACUGAUGGAUUGGUAGUGGUGUAGGACUGUAGGCUGGUGCGAGGUGCAGGACGCAGCACGGAAUGUACGGUAUCUGCGGUGCGUGGACUGGCGAUGCAGGGUGUUACGUGUGUAACGUGUGUGGGUGCUGAUGUUAUUGUGGAUAGAUGGAUGGCAGGCCGUGGCCAGCAGUGUGUGUGUGAUGGGACAGGGUUCAAGGCAGGUUGGCGAGGUCCCGUAGGGUGCAGCCGAUGCCCAGACCCGUAAGCAGACAGCAAACAGUUUGCAGUGGCAGAGCAGAAGUGCAUGGCUGGUCGAACGCCGGCGUUACUGUACCGACAGCAGUGUGUGUGUGUGUGGGGGGGGUGCAGGCAACCAGGCGUGUGUUUGGGGAGGGGGGGGUGGGGAUGGCUGCGCGGACUGGUGUUGCGGCCGUGGAUGGACGGGCAAGGCGCCCCAGCACGAGUACCAAUUGCAGUCAGGCCCCAAGGUAUCGAAGCGAGGGUGCAGCGUGGGCGGGCGCGGAGUCCGACUGUCGACUGGCGGGUCUCGGACGGAGGCGCCGUCGUGCGCAGUGGUCUCAUCCAGUGAAGACUGCCUCAGUUGAUUGUUGUGUAUAAGAUACCCUCAUCUGACGGUACUGGUAACAACAAUU